AUGGAGUCUGGGUUCAAAUCGAAACCUUUGCCAGGUACAGAGAACCUGAAGUCUAAAUGGAACACAACAACCACCGAUCUUAGUGGUGCAAACCCCCCAGUUCGUCUUGAAGGAGAGAUUGGGGAUGUCAUUGUUCGUGGCACCAUCCCUGACGCCAUCGACGGCACCUUUUACCGAGUUGCCCAGGAUCCCUUCACCCCCCCGGCGCCGCAUAACGUCUCAAUUGAAGGACAUGGCGUUGUGUCAGCAUUUCGUAUCCACAAAGGCUCAGUCGACUUCAAGAUGAGAUACAUCCAGACAGAGAGAUACCUUACCGAACGCAGGGCAAGGACGAGUCUAUUUGGGUUGUAUAAAAACCCUUGGUCGGACCGUCCCUGUGUUCGAGGCGUUGUUGAUUCAACAGCGAAUACGAACAUCAUCUACUGGGCUGGAAGCCUCCUCGCCUUGAGGGAAUCAGCCAAUCCGUACUCUCUAGACCCAGACUCGUUGGACACCAACCAGUACGACCCUUUCGGCAAGCAGGUCAACGCCGAGGCUUUCACGGCUCAUCCCAAGAUUGACCCUUUUACGGAUGAGCUUGUUGUCUUUGGAUACGAAGCUAAAGGCCCUGGGAGCGACGACAUUAUUACAUAUUCUAUUGAUAAGAAUGGGCAUAUAAAGAAUGAGACAUGGGUUAAGUCUCCAUAUGUCACAUUUAUUCAUGACAUGGUCUUGACCGAGAACUGGAUUGUUCUAAUCCUGUGGCCUUUUGAGGCUGAUGUUGAUCGUAUGAAGGCUGGUGGACAUCACUUUGCAUACAAUUACGACCUUCCGGCCUCCUUCAUCGUCAUUUCCCGCCGCCGCCCAGAGAAGGUGAAUGCAAACUGGAAGUUGGGCGAAUACCGCGUCUAUAACACCAAGAACUGCAUGAUUGGGCACACAGCAUCUGGAUGGGAGGAGAACGACAAACUUUACUUCGAGUGCUCCCGCUCUCACGACAACUUCUUCCCUUUCUUCCCUGCCAAGGAUGGAAGAGAAGCAGGACAGACAGUUGUGGACUUUGUGCGUUUCGAGAUUGAUCUGAAUCAACCCACUGGAUCCAAAGUCGAUGAACCCAGAGUCUUGCUCGAUAUCCCGAAUGAGUUCCCACGUAUCGAUGAGCGUUACAUGUCAAAGAACGAUACGAAGAAACUGCUCUUUAGUGGUCUCAAUGCUGUGGCCAUGAUCAACACACGCACUGGAGAACAGCAGUUCUACUGGCCAGGAGAGAAUUGCUACUGCCAGGAGCCUGCCUUCGUGCCGCGAAGCGACGAUGCUCCUGAAGGAGAUGGUUGGGUCAUGUUUGUCGUUGAGCGUAGAGAUCUAAACCUCAGCAAUCUGGUGAUCGUCGACACUCGUGACUUCAAGACGCCUAUCGCUGUCGCUGAACUCCCCUUGCGCGUUCGACCGCAGAUCCAUGGCAACUGGGUUGACUCUCGGGAGCUGAACGACAAGCCUCUUGUGUCGGAGCCAGGGGAGAUAAAGCUUUCUGGUAAAGCGUGUAACUUGAAGGUGGACAUUGUGAAUGGAAGUCACUAA